GCUUUGUAUGGAACAAUGAUACCAGGAUUUGGAAACCUCAUGCAGGAUGUGCUGUGGUGCUUUAGUCAAGUAAAAGGAACUAUAGAUAUUGGGGUGACAGAAGCUGACAUCAUCUCUACAGUAGAAUUCAACCACACUGGAGAAUUACUAGCGACAGGGGACAAGGGGGGCCGUGUUGUAAUAUUUCAGCGUGAGCAGGAGAGCAAAAACCAGCCCCAUCGCAGGGGAGAGUACAAUGUCUACAGCACCUUCCAGAGCCAUGAGCCGGAGUUCGAUUACCUGAAGAGUUUGGAGAUAGAGGAGAAGAUCAAUAAGAUACGAUGGCUCCCGCAGCAGAACGCAGCCUAUUUCCUGCUCUCCACCAACGAUAAGACUGUGAAGCUAUGGAAGGUCAGCGAGCGGGACAAGAGGCCGGAGGGAUACAAUCUCAAGGAUGAGGACGGCCGCCUCCGAGACCCCUCCAUGAUCACCAUGCUACGGGUCCCCGUGCUGCGGCCCAUGGACCUGAUGGUGGAGGCCACGCCGCGGCGGGUGUUCGCCAACGCGCACACCUACCACAUCAACUCCAUCUCCGUCAACAGUGACUACGAGACCUACAUGUCGGCGGACGACCUGAGGAUAAACCUGUGGAACUUUGAAAUCACAAAUCAAAGCUUUAACAUCGUGGACAUCAAACCGGCCAACAUGGAGGAGCUGACGGAGGUGAUCACGGCUGCCGAGUUUCACCCGCACCACUGCAACACCUUCGUCUACAGCAGCAGCAAAGGGACCAUCCGCCUGUGCGACAUGCGCACCUCUGCCCUCUGCGACCGCCACGCCAAGUUUUUCGAAGAGCCCGAAGACCCAAGUAACCGGUCGUUUUUUUCUGAGAUCAUCUCCUCAAUCUCCGAUGUCAAAUUCAGCCACAGUGGGAGGUAUAUCAUGACCCGGGACUAUCUCACUGUCAAGGUCUGGGACCUGAACAUGGAGAACCGGCCCAUCGAGACCUACCAGGUUCACGACUACCUGCGGAGCAAGCUCUGCUCGCUCUACGAGAACGACUGCAUCUUCGACAAGUUCGAGUGCGUCUGGAACGGGUCUGACAGCGUCAUCAUGACGGGCUCCUACAACAACUUUUUCCGCAUGUUCGACCGCAACACCAAGCGGGACGUGACGCUGGAGGCCUCGCGGGAGAACAGCAAACCCCGCGCCAUCCUCAAGCCGCGCAAGGUCUGCGUGGGUGGCAAGCGGAGGAAAGACGAGAUUAGCGUGGACAGUCUGGACUUUAGCAAAAAGAUCCUGCACACAGCUUGGCACCCCUCCGAGAACAUCAUUGCCGUGGCAGCAACAAACAACCUGUAUAUAUUCCAGGACAAGGUUAACUAGGAGGACAAGUUGUUAUUUAGGAAUCUCAUGUACUGAUUACUAGUAAACACAAGAUUUCAAAUGUUUCUUUUCUUUCCUUUUUUUUUUUUCCUCUUCCUUCCUAUUCCUGUGUUCAGUUACUGCUCUGCAGAUAGCAGCUGCGCGGAGGCGAGCACCCCCGUACCCCCGGGGCAGGGGGGCGCCCCAGAGACCACAGAUUUCUCUUUAUUUAUGCGCUGAGAGCUGUGGGGCAGCGGGGGCGGCGUUUGGCUUUGGGCUGGUGCCCCCGGAGGGCUGCGGCCAAAGGACGAGCGUGGGGCGGGGGCUGGCGGCUGCGGGGCACCAGCACCGGGCACAGCAUCCCGCUCCGACCCUAGAAACUCCCCACCUGGUACGCUGCAAGAUCAGAACAUCGUCCCCUUUGCCAUUUUUCACAUUUCUCUUUUUACUAUUAUUAUUUUGUGUUUUUACCAACAGAGACAGCAAAACCAAACGUAAAAUGGAAAAGUUCAGAUUUGCAAAGGAAAAGGACAAGCUUAAAGGGGGGGGGAUCUGCUGCGCGCCGGGACGUGUCUGCUCUAGCCAGGCUGCUGCCUUCCCCCCCGCCCCACAGAAACUCUCCUGAGGAUUUGGCUUUGUAGAUACUGUGGUGCCUUUUUUUGGUAUAUGAAAUACCUUUAUAAAUGAUGCUUCCAAACUGCAUUGAUUGCAAACCAAAUUGAACCUGGGCUUCUCUUCUGCAUUUCUUGUCUUUGCUUUGGUCAUUUUUACUUGUUCUGUUGUAAGCUCUUGCAUGUUGUGACUUUCCCUCUCUUUCUUUUUAAAUUAAUUUAUUUAUUUAUUCAUUCAAUUUUUUUAAAGAUAAAGUAUAAGUUGCUAAUUUAUGACCUUCUAAAAAAGAAUCCAACCAUAUAUUGCUGUUAGCACCUGACUGCUUCAGAGAGAGGCUGUCUGUGGUCCUACAUUAUUAUAAUAAUAAUGACAAUAAUAAUAAUAAUAAAAACAAUAACUCUUCCUCUUUGCAUGGCAAGGCUGCCCCUUUCUACUCUAAAGAGUGUUCAGGUCCCUCUUUCACUUGAGCAACUGUUCAAUAAAAACAACAGAACUACUGAAUUUUCAGUCAAUCUGAAACCUGCUCCUGCAACAAAAAGCAAAUGAAUAAAUACAUUCAAUUAAAAAAUUCAGCACUGUCACUUCAGAAGUGGCUCGGUGAGGGUGACCCUGCUGUGCCCCACUGUUCCGCAGGGGCAGUGCAGGGACAUUUCCACCACUCCAAGGGCAUUUUCCCCUCCUGGGCCGCCUCUCUGCAAGGCACCUCCCGGGCUCCCGCGUGUCCCACCGUGGCCUCCCCCUUCUCACCAGCGAGGGGCCGAGCAGCCGCUUGCUCCAGGGACUGUGCGGGAAACCAGGAGCUGCGCGGCGGCGGCGGGUGCCCUGGCCCUGGGACGGAGCCUGGGGGUGCUGAACCCCCCUGGACAGGCGACCUCGCUGGGGGAGCCGGGGCAGGGCCAGGGCAGGGAGAGCUUGCUGCCUUCCAAGGAGUGACCUCAAGGGAAAAAAAACAAAGUGCACUGGCUCGUAAAUUUAUUACAAGUGAUGGCUUUCAGGCGUAACUUUUUUUUAAAAACGAAAUGGUAUAAAAAAAAUAGCAAGAGUAAAUGAACCAUUUUUUUAAAAAAAAAAAAAAUGUUCUUUUUUGGUUCCUGUAAAGAAAGCCUGCACUCUGGUAUCAGAAGUAAAGUUGUCCCAAACGUG